AUGGCUACAUUUCAUCACGUCAUGGGGAAAGCAUCACCACUCAUCCCUGCCGUCUACGCCUGGGACGCAACAUGUUUGAAUAUGCUCGGAUGUCCUUAUGUCAUCCAACCACUUAUCGCUGGUCAAGAUUUGCAGACCCUAUACACACCACUUGGUGGCUUGCGCGAUCCGAUCCAAACGCGAAUUAACUUCGCUUACGAAGUCGCGGGGUGUAUUAAACACAUGGAAAGUUUUCGAUUCGAAAACUACGGCACUCUCGCAAUCUCAACACGAAUGCCAGCAAAGUGUUCCGAUCCAAGCUCUCCCCCUUAUUUCCGAUCUCAUUUGAUCGGACAUUUUCUCAUCGAUAUCUUGACUUCGCAGUUGAAUGAUGCGAGAAGACCACUGGCAGAGGAGAGACACGAUAUUCUUAUUUCAAUGGCUUAUGGAUUGAAUGAACUUGAAUUAACUCGUGGGUUGGAACAGAAUCCCGAGCCAGCUGUUCUUUGGCAUCCUGAUUUUUGGCCGAGAAAUAUCAUGAUGGGGAAGAAUGAGCAAGAUGUUCAAAUCACUGGGGUUAUUGAUUGGGAUGGUGUCAUGAUUGUUCCGAGAAUCAUGACCCGUCGACCUCCUGUAUUUUUGUGGGAUGAAGGGGAUGAUUUGUCGGUAUUCGAGAGAAAUGCAAUAAAAUACCAAUUUGAUCAGAGAAUCGAACAAUUGUUGCCUGGGUAUUGUUCAGAUGCAUAUUCUGAUUGGGGUAAUAUGACUAGAGCGAUCGCGAUCUACGCUUUGAAGGGCGUUGACUGGAAUUAUUGCGAGCUUUCUUUUGGUGUAUUAUUGGAUCUAUGGAAUGAAUUUGUGGGAAAUGCACAAGCAGAACCAUAA